GCCUUGGUCAUGGCUCCGUCCACGGCAUCGAGCUCCACGUUCCGAGAGUGCCGCUUCUGCUUCGGCCUCCACCCUCCGGCAGCGCGGAUGCUCGAGCCUGCCUUCACUUUGUUGUCGCAGGCCGCUGACUUUGGAGCUCUACGGAUCGCUUCCGCAGCUGGCUCAGACGAGGUGUCCGUCGAGAUUUGCGGAGCGGUUCCGCUCCUGGCAGCGCAGUACGGCAUGACGUUCCUGAACUGGACGGUCGACCUCACGGCCGCGGCUCCAACCGCAGACGCCGUGCCGGCCACGGAUGCAAUGAUCUUCUGCGCGCAGGACUUCGA